AUGGCAAUCCAAGGCUGCUUAUAUAUCUUGACCAUAUCGCAACAGAUCUACGCGUAUUCACCAGAUACUGGCGUUAAAGGUCCCCGAUUUGUCCUCCACCUCUGUCCCAAAGUUAAUCAAGACACCAGGAAUCAACUCAAGCCCUCCAACCUCAUCAAUUUCUCUGGUAUCAUCGCCGGUCUCAAAGUACAAAGCCUCCAUAUAAUACUCAUCGGUGAUUUGAAAGUUAUUCAACAGUACCCACAAAUCUUAGCACUCGACCCUGAAGCUGAAAAUUCCUCCGUCUUUGUCUGUGAAUUUCAACCUGUUCAAAGCCAUCCCCUUGCCCUGGACCUCAACAACGUUUACCAUGUCCACGCUUACAUCACCAAAACAAGUAACGGAAUAAUCCAGCUCAAAGUCACACAUAUGUUUGAUUACAAGCUCUCUCUUCACAUCAGUGCCAAAGGUCUCGAAACUCGUCCUUAA